UCCAGUUUCCAUGCUACGCUGUUGCGUGUUAAUUUUUGUCUCGUAACCAAAUAUUUUCAUUAUUUAUUGAUAUUAAUACGUGUAAUUAAUACGUGAGGAUAUAUCGAAGUGCAUACUAAGUAAUUUUUGUACAAUGCCAAAGCGUGGUGGUGGUAAACCUCGAAAUGCGAGAAAUGGUCCUGACCAUUAUGAGCACGAUGAUCGCACGCACAAUAAUCUCACGCGCCGUGUCAGUUUCAAGCCAGGUGCGUUUAAAGGGAAAGGAAAAUUCCGAGGUUUUAAUGACCCAAAAUUGUUACUCGAUGACGAUAUCGAUAUGGGGGCCAAUUCCGGGGGUCCUGGACACAUAAACUACCGCAAGGGCGGAUUUAGGGGCCGUGGAGGCCGAUUGACACCAACACCACGCCGCCCCGGAGGCCCUAGAAGAUUCAUACCAGGUCCGCUUCCUUGGUACCAAAUUGUAAUUCCAUAUGGAGGCAAGCAUCCUAAAGAGGUUAUUUUAAAAGCUUUGCUGGGCUUCAUAUCACCAGAAGUGUUCAUACCCCACUAUUACAAGAUCAACGGUAAUGCUGCAGUUUUCUAUGUGGAUGAUGUGAAAGUGGCAGAGAAACUAUUUCACACAGACAGGAAGAUUGUGAUGUCCGAUGGCUUUAAACUGGUUGUCAUGGUCCGGAAUAAUGCUCCAAAUGUACAGAUUGAUACAGAGAUGAAGGAAAAGAUGAAGCUAGUGAUGGCAAAGAGAUAUAAUGCUGCUACUAAAGCUUUGGACUUGACAAAGUUCCAUGCUGAUCCAGACCUAGCAGACAUAUUUUGUGCUCUGUUCCGUCCACAAAUAAUGCUGGCAGCCGUGGAUAUCAUGGCUGAGAACAUUCCGGAUCUAGAAGCGCUAAACCUCAACGACAAUAAAAUGCAUGGAAUUGAACACUUGAAAAUAUUAGCCAACAAAUUGAAGAGUCUGAAGAUUUUGUAUUUGGGAGACAAUAAGAUACCUUACAUUGGAUCACUGGACUGCCUGAAAUCACUGCCGCUCAUUGAGCUGUACCUCAAAGGAAACCCACUGGUCACCAGGUGUAGUGACCAUGACAUAUAUGUCAGCGAUGUGCGGAAGAAGUUCCCCAAGCUCAUCAGAUUGGACGGCGUGGACCUUCCCCCUGUGAUCGGAUUUGACGUCGCCGAAGACUCCGCGUUACCACCACGGAAACAAUCGUUCCUCGUUGACGAGGCGGGCAAAGACCUCGUCCGCGAUUUCCUGACUCAGUACUUCGCUAUAUACGACUCUGAGUCGCGGCAGCCGUUACUGGACGCGUAUCACGAACAAGCGCAUAUGUCUAUGGCGGCGAGUUACUUGACUUAUGACGGGAGGAGUAAUAAUGCAGGAACCAAACUAAACAGCUACAUAACAAACAGCCGCAACAUAAUCCGCAUCCAAGACAGAGACUCGCGGCGCCGCUAUCUACGGACGGGCAAGCUGCAGGUCGUGUCAUUCCUCUCCGAGCUGCCCAAGACGCAACACGACUUGCUAGGCUUCGCUGUGGACUUGCCAGUCUUCACUCCAACCAUGAUCGUCCUAGUGAUGAACGGAGUGUUCAAAGAGACCAGCGUAGCGGGAACCCCUACCCGCUCUUUCCACAGAACCUUCGUCAUCGUUCCCAACACCAACGGCGGGUUCUGUGUCAUGAAUGACAUGUUGUUCAUCACCAACACUACCAAAGAUCAGGAGGAGCAGGCCUUCUCAUCCGGCUCGCCCAUAGCGCCGGCCCCGGCUCCGGCGCCGCUCCCAGUCGCCGUCGCGGGCGCGUCGGGCGACGACCACGCCGCGCUGCUCAACAUGCUGAGCCAGCAGACCGGCAUGAACCAGCACUGGACCAUGAACUGCCUACAAGAAACCGGUUGGGACUACCAAAGGGCGCUACUGAUCUUCAAUCAGCUACACUCCGAAGGCAAGAUACCGCCCGAAGCCUUCGUAAAGUAAAGCUCCGGACUACGUCGAUAAGGCUGUGCCUACUGUACAUAUAGUAUAAGAAGAUACAUAUUUUUGUUAGUCGAAUUUAGAUAAUUGUUAAGAUACGAAUUUAAGGGUUGUUGUAGUCACAACAACCAGUCGCCAUUGCCAGACUGGCAAUGUUCGAGUAUAAAGGUAUUUGAAGCGCAUAAUAACUGGAUUUCAGCUGUGCUAUACUCGUCGCAAGAACAAGUGGCAAGUCUGGCAAAAAUGAGGUACCGUAUAGGUCAAUUCAAAAGAGAUGGCGCGAUUGAAAAGGACGAGUGAGUGAAAUUGAUGUAUGUAUCACAUUAACUAAUUAAGUGGUGGCUCUUGCCAUUCUGAACUGUCACUUGUACAGACGUUUGUGCCAACUUUCUUGAAAAACCUAUACAUUUUAAGCAUAAUAAAAAUAUUUCAAUUAGGACUCGUUUGCGGGCUCGCCACUUUGUUUUGCACUAAGUAUAGUACAGCAGUAAUAUUCGGCAGUUAUACGAAUUCUUUAAAUAAAGUUUUAACUAAGAAAUUCGUUUUGCCAUUGUCUUUAUUAAGGAUGGCAUUUCUUUUGGUUUUGUUAAGUUUUAUUUGACAAAAAUGCUACAUUAUUUGCGAAAUUGUUGCCCAAAUGAAGUGCGAUCCUUAAAUUUAUGAGAAUUAUUUUUGAUUUCUGAAUGGCACUUUGUAUGAUAAAGUUACUUUUUGUUAGAGAUUCUAAUCAGUUUUAUGGAACAUAAUCAUACGAUAUUUAAUUUUAAGUUACAGUUCCAUAAUUCUUAUUAGACGAACACAAUGCUGACAACGUUUGUCGCGUUUUUAAACUAAUCAAAAUUAAAUGAUUUCGAUUAAAAAUACGACAAACGCGACUAUCGGAGUCAGUUAAAAAAAAAUGCAAACUAUUCAGUUAAUCUUUUUAUUCUUUUGAUAUAAAUAUUGUUCAGUGUAAUAUUUCGUAUAUAGUACAUCUAUGAAGAAAUAAAUACAUUUUUGGAAUAAUUAAAGAAAUAUAACAAUAUAAUUGUGAAAGUUACACAUCAUUUAUAUGUAAGACUGAUUGUAAAUCAUUGGAUUACAAAACUCGAUUUACAUACAAGUAUGGAGAAUAAUCUUUAGUUCCUUCGUUAAUGUUUUGUUAUAACUAGGUAGCUAAUCAACUUAUGAGAUCUUAUGUAUUAUUAAUGUGUUAAGAGCCCUACUUUUGGCAAAUCAGAAAUUUCACACUUGUAAAUCUAAUGUUAAAUUUUUUGCCGUAAACGCAGUACUAAAUUGUAACAAUUUAUUAAUCAAAUUGCCAAAUGUGUUUGUCAUUUUUUGAAGUUAAUUUUGUGUACUAAUCUGCUAUAAAUCAUUGAUUACCCUUAAAUCUUACUAACAUUAGCCUUUACAGGCAUUUAUUAUUGUAUAACUUUCUUUCGUAAUAUUGUUUGUCAAAAUAUGACCAAGUCUACAUUAUUGUGAGGCUGUAUGAGAAGCGUGAUUGAUUAAUUUUUAGUUAUAUUUAGUUAAUAUCCUAAAAGAACAGAAAAAAAAGAAAACUUUGUACAUAAAAUAGGAUUAUCUUUUUGGGAUUUAAGGAGCCACAGGACUGACAUUUGGCGCGUGUCUGACAGCUGUUUUGGUGUCCAACAAUGCUUGGUCGAUGGAACCCCGGAUCAGGGGUCCGUACAGGGUUGGAGACCCUGCCCAUGCCAAAGCGACGGAACCCCUCUGCGUGGGCUAGUCGCUCGUUCAAUGCUUGGGAGUAUCACCAUGAUUUUGAACUGACACCAUUUUCACAUUGCUGUAUUUUUUUAGACACUUGCUGAUUCUAUGAAAUUUCUUGGUCUAUGGUUCCUUUGGUUGUGGGGCAGAGAGGACACACGUGGGUAACCUAGAGACUGUGUGAGAUUUUGUAGAAUAGUACUCGCUUUUUCUGCUUGCUGUGGCUUCCUUUGGGCGGGGCUUAGGAGCGAUGUUGAGUUUAUCUCAAUUGUAUAUAAUGAUGAUGGAAUAAAUUUAAUUUAUAAGCA